CCCCCGCCCGGCCCCUGCGCGCCGAGGUGCGCGCGCCCGCGCGUAUGUGUGUGAGUGCGUGUCCUGCUCGCUCCAUGUUGCCGCCUCUCCCGGUACCUGCUGCUGCUGCUGCUGCUGCUCCCGGGGCUGCGGGAAAUGCGAGAGGCUGAGCCGGGGAGGAGGAACCCGAGCAGCAGCGGCGGCGGCGGCGGCGGCGGCGGGAGGAGCCCCCCAGGAGGAGGACCGGGAUCCAUGUGUCUUUCCUGGUGACUAGGAUGUCGUCGGAGGAGGACAAGAGCGCGGAGCAGCCGCAGCCGCCGCCACCACCCCCCGAGGAGCCCGGAGCCCCGGCCCCGAGCCCCGCAGCCGCAGACAAAAGACCUCGGGGCCGGCCUCGCAAAGAUGGCGCUUCCCCUUUCCAGAGAGCCAGAAAGAAGCCUCGGAGUAGAGGAAAAGCUGCAGCGGAAGAUGAGGACAGCAUGGAUGGACUGGAGACAGCAGAAACAGAAAAUAUUGUGGAAACAGCAGAAAUCAAAGAACAAUCAGCAGAAGAGGAUGCUGAAGCAGAAGUGGACAGCAGCAAGCAGCCGGCCCCAGCCCUUCAGCGUUCUGUGUCUGAGGAAUCGGCAAGCUCCCUGGUCUCUGUCGGUGUGGAAGCCAAAAUCAGUGAACAGCUCUGCGCUUUUUGUUACUGUGGUGAAAAAAGUUCCUUAGGACAAGGAGACUUAAAACAGUUUAGAGUAACGCCUGGGUUUAUUUUGCCGUGGAAAAAUCAGCCUUCUAACAAGAAAGACAGUGAUGACAACAGCAAUGGAACUUGUGAGAAAACGCAAAACUCGGCACCACGAAAACAAAGAGGACAGAGAAAGGAACGGCCUCAGCAGAGUGUCGUGGCUUGCGUCAGUGUGAGCACGCAGACCGCUUCAGACGAUCAGCCUGGUAAACUGUGGGAUGAGCUCAGUCUGGUUGGCCUUCCCGAUGCCAUUGAUGUCCAAGCUUUAUUUGAUCCUACAGGCACUUGUUGGGCUCACCACCGUUGUGUGGAGUGGUCACUGGGGGUGUGCCAGAUGGAAGAACCAUUAUUAGUGAACGUGGACAGAGCUGUUGUCUCAGGGAGCACAGAACGAUGUGCAUUUUGUAAGCACCUUGGAGCCACUAUCAAAUGCUGUGAAGAGAAAUGCACCCAGAUGUACCAUUAUCCUUGUGCUGCUGGAGCAGGCACCUUUCAGGAUCUCAGUCACUUCUUCCUUCUUUGUCCAGAACACAUUGACCAAGCUCCUGAGAGAUCAAAGGAAGAUGCAAACUGUGCAGUGUGCGACAGCCCGGGAGACCUCUUAGAUCAGUUCUUUUGUACUACUUGUGGUCAGCACUAUCAUGGAAUGUGCCUGGAUAUAGCGGUUACUCCAUUAAAACGGGCAGGUUGGCAAUGUCCUGAGUGCAAAGUGUGCCAGAACUGCAAACAAUCGGGAGAAGAUAGCAAGAUGCUAGUGUGUGAUACGUGUGACAAAGGGUAUCAUACUUUUUGUCUUCAACCAGUUAUGAAAUCAGUACCAACCAAUGGCUGGAGAUGCAAAAAUUGCAGAAUCUGUGUAGAGUGUGGCACACGCUCUAGUUCUCAGUGGCACCACAAUUGCCUGGUGUGUGACAGUUGUUACCAGCAGCAGGAGAACUUGUGUCCUUUCUGUGGGAAGUGCUACCAUCCAGAAUUGCAGAAAGACAUGCUUCAUUGUAAUAUGUGCAAAAGAUGGGUUCACUUAGAAUGUGACAAACCAGCAGAUCAUGAACCGGACCCUCAGCUCCGAGAAGAGUACAUCUGUCUGUAUUGCAAACACGUGGCGGCUGAGAUGGACCCCUUGCAGCCAGGUGAAGAGGUGGAGAUGGCUGAGCUCCCUGCAGAUUAUAACAGUGAAAUGGAAGUUGAAGGCCCUGAAGACCACAUGGUAUUUCUGGAGCAAGCAGUUAAUAAAGAUGUUGCUGGUCAGGAGCCCGCACCUGGAGUUGCUCCAGACGCAGUUCACAUCCAUCCCGGAGAGCAGCAGAGGAGUAAUCCACCAGAAAGUUGUGACAUGCGUGGACUUCUCGUUUCUGAAUCAUCCCAAGAUAAAAUGGAUCCUGAAUCGGAAAAUCAGAUUUCUCGUGAAGUUGAUGGUGAAGCAGUGGAGAUGUGUCCGAAAGUGGCAUGUACCUGUGACAGGCCAAGUGAGAACAGCAUGGAAGUGACCGAGCGCGCUGACGCCCUCCCUCCCCAGCUGGUUGUGCUGCAGGAGGAAGUGCAGUCAGUGGAGGAGCCGAAUGUGGUGGCGUCGCCGGAAGAGUCUCGGCCUCCCGAAGUCACCAUUGAGUCUGUCAUUCUCCCACUGGAAACCUUAGUGUCCCCAGAUGGGGAAAGCACUUCUUUAUGUUCUACAGAACAUUUGGCUGUAGAAAGGGAACAGAGAGAAAACCCUGAGCCUUCUGCAUUUAUGGACUUGGAAGCGGCUCCUGCAGUUGAGAGUCAAGUGAAAGAUGGCUUAUGCCAAGAGGGCAGAUUUGUGAAACUAUCCUCUGAGACCGAGUCAUCGUCUUCCUCAGCAGCGGACACAAGCAAGGCUCACGUGUCUUCCUCUCCAGCACUUUCUUCCGACUUGCCUUCCCAUGACAUGCUGCACAGUUACCCUUCCACUCCCAACGCCUCUGUUGCAAACAUCCUGCCAACCACGUACAUCUCAGUCACCCCCAAAAUUGGCAUGGGCAAACCAGCUAUUACCAAAAGGAAGUUUUCUCCUGGUAGACCUCGGUCCAGACAGGGGGCUUGGAGUACCCAUAAUACAGUGAGCCCACCUUCCUGGUCCCCAGACAUUUCAGAAGGUCGGGAAAUUUUUAAACCCAGGCAGCUUCCUGGCAGUGCCAUUUGGAGCAUCAAAGUGGGCCGGGGGUCUGGAUUUCCAGGAAAGCGGAGGCCUCGCGGUGCAGGACUGUCUGGACGAGGCGGCCGAGGCAGAUCAAAAUUGAAGAGUGGAAUCGGGGCAGUCGUGUUACCUGGGGUGUCUGCUGCAGAUAUUUCAUCAAAUAAGGAUGAAGAAGAAAACUCUAUGCACAAUACAGUUGUGCUGUUUUCUAGUAGUGACAAGUUCACUCUGCAUCAGGAUAUGUGUGUAGUUUGUGGCAGUUUUGGCCAAGGAGCAGAGGGAAGAUUACUUGCCUGUUCUCAGUGUGGUCAGUGUUACCAUCCAUACUGUGUCAGUAUUAAGAUCACUAAAGUGGUUCUGAGCAAGGGCUGGCGGUGCCUUGAGUGCACCGUGUGUGAGGCCUGUGGGAAGGCGACGGACCCAGGACGGCUCCUGCUGUGCGACGACUGUGACAUAAGCUACCACACCUACUGCCUCGACCCUCCCCUGCAGACCGUUCCCAAAGGAGGCUGGAAGUGCAAAUGGUGUGUGUGGUGCAGACACUGUGGAGCUACGUCCGCAGGCCCAAGAGGCGAGUGGCAGAACAACUACACCCAGUGCGCCCCCUGCGCCAGCUUGUCCGCCUGCCCCGUCUGCCACCGGAACUACCGAGAGGAGGACCUGAUCCUGCAGUGCAGGCAGUGUGACAGGUGGAUGCAUGCAGUUUGUCAGAACUUCAGUACUGAAGAGGAAGUGGAGAAUGUAGCAGACAUUGGUUUCGAUUGUAGCCUGUGCAGACCCUAUAUGCCUACAUCAAAUGUGCCUUCCUCAGACUGCUGUGAAUCUUCACUUGUAGCACAAAUUGUCACAAAAGUGAAAGAACUAGAUCCACCCAAGACCUACACCCAGGAUGGUGUGUGUUUGACGGAAUCAGGGAUGACUCAGUUACAGAGCCUAACGGUUACUGUUCCAAGAAGAAAACGGUCAAAACCAAAGUUGAAGUUGAAGAUCAUAAAUCAGAAUAGUGUGGCUGUCCUUCAGACCCCUCCAGACAUCCAGUCAGAGCAUUCCAGGGACGGCGAAAUGGACGAUAGUCGAGAAGGAGAACUCAUGGAUUGUGAUGGAAAAUCAGAAUCUAGUCCUGAACGAGACGCUGUGGAUGAUGAAACUAAGGGGGUCGAAGGAACAGAGGGCGUCAAAAAGAGAAAAAGGAAGCCAUACAGACCAGGUAUUGGUGGAUUUAUGGUACGACAAAGAAGUCGAACUGGGCAAGGAAAAACCAAAAGAUCUGUGAUCAGAAAGGAUUCCUCAGGCUCCAUUUCCGAGCAGUUACCCAGCAGAGAUGAUGGCUGGAGUGAGCAGUUACCAGAUACCUUAGUUGAUGAAUCUAUUUCUGUUAAUGAAAACACUGAAAAAAUAAAGAAGAGAUACCGAAAAAGGAAAAAUAAGCUCGAAGAAAUUUUCCCUGCCUAUUUACAAGAAGCUUUCUUUGGAAAAGAUCUUCUAGACACAACAAGACAAAACAAACUAAGUUUGGAUAAUCUAUCAGAAGACACAACCCAGCUUUCUUAUAAAACAAACACCAAUACCACUUUCUUGGAUCCUUCCUUAGACCCGCUGCUUAGUUCAUCCUCAAUGCCAGCAAAACCUGGAGCUCACGGUGCUGCUGAUGACCCCUUAGCUGAUAUUUCUGAAGUCUUAAACACAGAUGAUGACAUUCUUGGAAUAAUUUCAGAUGACCUUGCAAAAUCAGUUGAUCAUUCAGGUCUUGAUUUAUGCACUUUCCAGGUUGAGAGCUCACCUUGUGCAUUUGCUGGAAUAGACGUUGGUCCGGUCGCUGAUGACCCUUCGUCUCUGCCUCAGCCAAGUGUGGGUCAGAGUUCACGGCCUCUAAGUGAAGAGCAGCUCGAUGGCAUCCUCAGCCCUGAACUUGACAAGAUGGUCACAGACGGAGCAAUUCUCAGCAAGUUGUAUAAAAUCCCAGAGCUCGGGGGCAAGGACGUGGAGGACUUGUUUACCGCGGUGCUCAGUCCUGCCGCUGCGCCGCCGCCCCCUGUGCCGCAGCCGCCACCACCCCCUGCGCCCCAGCUGCUGCCCGUGCACGGCCAGGGUACGUCGCCUCUAGACAAGUGUCAUGUCUUUUCACGGAUGCCACUCAUGAACGGCCUCAUUGGACCCAGUCCUCACCUCCCGCACAAUGCUUUACCUCCCGGAAGUGGACUGGGAACUUUCUCUGCCGUAGCACAAUCCCCCUAUGCUGAUACCAGGGAUAAAAAUCCGGCAUUUAAUCCAUUGGCUGGUGACCCUGCCAACUCAUGGGCAUCGUCGGCGCCCCCUGUGGAGGGAGAGAGUGACACGAUGUCGAAUGCCCAGAGGAGCACUCUCAAGUGGGAGAAGGAGGAGGCCCUGGGUGAGAUGGCGACCGUAGCUCCGGUUCUCUACACGAACGUCAACUUCCCCAACCUGAGGGAAGAGUUCCCGGAUUGGACGACUAGAGUGAAGCAAAUUGCCAAGUUGUGGAGAAAAGCAAGCUCACAGGAGAGAGCACCAUAUGUGCAAAAAGCCAGAGAUAACAGAGCUGCUUUACGCAUUAAUAAAGUACAGAUGUCAAAUGAUUCCAUGAAAAGGCAGCAACAGCAAGACAGCAUCGAUCCCAGCUCUCGCAUCGAUUCAGAUCUUUUUAAAGAUCCACUAAAGCAAAGAGAAUCCGAACAUGAACAGGAAUGGAAGUUCAGACAGCAAAUGCGUCAGAAAAGCAAGCAGCAGGCUAAGAUCGAAGCCACGCAGAAGCUGGAGCAGGUGAAGAGCGAGCAGCAGCAGCAGCAGCAGCAGCAGCAGCAGCAGCAGCAGCAGCAGCAGCAGCAGCAGCAGCUCGGCUCUCAGCCUGCGAUGGGCCAGUCCGGCUCAGACACGCCCAGUAGUGGGAUCCAGAGCCCCCUGACCCCGCAGGCCGGCAGUGGAAGUCUGUCUCCUGCCCAGUCAUUCCACAAGGACCUGUUUCCAAAGCCACUGCCCAGCACCCCCGCCCCCGCCCCCUCAGAUGAUGUGUUUGUGAAGCCGCAAGCUCCCCCGCCUCCCCCCGUGCCCUCGCGCCUGUCCCUGCAGGAGAGUCUGUCUCAGGCUCAGCCUUCUCAGCCCCCAUCCCCACAGGUGUUUGCCCCUGGAUCGUCCAACUCUCGACCACCGUCUCCAAUGGACCCUUACGCGAAAAUGGUGGGUACCCCACGGCCGCAUCCUGGGGGCCACGGCUUUCCCAGAAGAAAUGCCACACUGGCAGAGAGCUGUGGGCCGCUGCCGUCGGCCUCCAGGCUGCCUCAGAUGGGUGAGGCCGCGGCCAAUCGGCCAUCGCCGGUCCGAGAGGUGUGCGCCGCCGGCAGUGACCCCUACGCAAAGCCUCCAGACACCCCUCGGCCUGUGCUGACAGAGCCAUUUCCCAAGCCCCUCGGCCUGCCCCGGUCUCCAGCCCUUUCUGACCAGACCUCACAAGGCCCUCUCGCCCCUGGCACCAGUGACCACUUCCCCAAACCAUCUCCUCGGGCAGAUGCAUUUCAGAGACAGCGGAUCCCUGACCCGUAUGCUCGACCCUUGUUGACACCUGCUCCUCUCGACGGUGCUCCCGGCCCUUUUAAAGCUCCGAUGCAGCCCCCUCCUCCCUCCCAGGAUCCUUACGGGCCAGUGUCCCAGGCACCAAGGCGAUUGUCCAUCGACCCUUAUGAAAGGCCCACGUUGACACCACGACCUGUAGACAGCUUUUCUCAUAACCAGUCCAGUGAUCCCUAUAGCCAGCCUCCCCUCACCCCUCAUCCAGCAAUGAAUGAAUCUUUCUCCCAUCCCUCGAGGGCUUUUUCCCAGCCUGGACCCAUAUCAAGGCCAACAUCUCAGGACCCCUAUUCCCAGCCUCCAGGAACUCCACGACCUGUUGUAGAUUCCUAUUCCCAGCCCCCAGGAACGUCUCGCUCCAAUCCAGACCCGUAUUCUCAACCUCCUGGAACUCCCCGGCCCACCACGAUGGAUCCAUAUAGUCAGCAGCCGCCCACCCCACGGCCGUCUGCACAAGCAGACUUGUUUGCUACAUCGGCAGCCAGUCAGAGGCAUCCUGACCCAUAUGCUCAUCCUCCUGGAACCCCAAGACCUGGAAUGUCUGUUCCUUACUCGCAAACACCAGCAGCACCACGGCCAAGGAUUUCAGAGGGUUUUACUAGGUCCUCGACAAGACCGGCCCUCAUGCCAAACCAGGAUCCUUUCCUGCAAGCACAUAAUCGAGGAGCAGCCUUACCUGGCCCUCUGGUGAGGCCGCCUGAUGCUUGUUCCCAGACUCCCAGGCCGCCUGGUCCUGGUCUUUCAGACGCUUUUAGCCACGUUUCCCCAUCUGCUCCCCGUGACCCCUACGAUCAGCCUCCCAUGACUCCGAGACCGCAGCCUGACGCGUUUGGAACAAGUCAGGUUGCCCAUGAUGUUGCUGAUCAGCCACGGCCUGGGUCUGAGGGGAGCUUUGGGGCACCUUCCAACACACCCAUGACUCCGCAAGGCCAGCAGUUCUCCAGCGUCUCCCAGCUUCCCGGACCCGUACCCACCUCAGGGGUCACCGACACACAGAGCACUGUCAACAUGUCCCAGGCUGAUACAGAGAAAUUGAGACAGCGACAGAAGCUCCGUGAGAUCAUCCUCCAGCAGCAGCAGCAGAAGAAGAUGGCCAGUCGGCAGGAGAAGGGGACCCAGGACCCAGGAGCGGUGCCCCACCCGGGGCCCCCGCCACACUGGCAGCCGGAGGGCGUCGGCCAGGCGUUUGCCCGGCCCCCGCCCCCCUACCCUGGGAGCAUCAGGUCCCCCAUGGCCCCUCCUCUGGGCCCUCGAUACACCGUCUUCCCGAAGGAGGCCCGCGGAGUCUAUCCCCCUGAUGUCAGCGGCUUGGGCAUGAGGCCGCAUGGAUUCAGGUUUGGAUUUCCAGGCGGUGGUCAUGGCACUUUGUCAGGUCAGGAACGCUUCCUUGUACCUCCUCAGCAAAUGCAAGGAUCUGGAGUUUCUCCACAGCUCAGAAGGUCUCUAUCUGUAGAUAUGCCCAGGCCUUUAAAUAACUCACCAAUGAAUAAUCCUGGUGGACUUCCUGCACAUUUUCCAGCACAGAGCCUGCCGGUUCAGCAGCAUAACAUACUGGGCCAGGCCUUCAUUGAGCUGAGGCACCGGGCCCCGGACGGGAGGCCCCGACUGCCCUUCCCUGCUGCUCCUGGCAACAUCAUCGAGGCACCCUCCCAUCCCCGCCAUGGAAGCUUCAUUCCCCGGCCGGACUUCCCAGGCCCCAGACACCCAGACCCCAUGAGACGGCCCUCCCAAGGUCUCCCUCAUCAGCUGCCCGUGCACCCAAAUUUGGAACAAGUGCCGCCAUCUCAGCAGGAGCAGAGCCAUGCUGUCCACUCGUCUGCUACGGUCAUGAGGUCUCUGAGUCACCCCUUGGGUGGUGAGUUCUCAGAGGCCCCUUUGUCAGCCUCUGUGCCAGCUGAAACAACAUCUGAAAAUUUACAGAUAACCACCCAGUCUUCUGAUGGUCUCGAAGAAAAGCUUGAUUCUGAUGACCCGUCUGUCAAAGAACUCGAUGUUAAAGACCUUGAAGGGGUUGAAGUCAAAGACUUAGAUGACGAAGAUCUUGAAAAUUUAAACCUGGAUACAGAAGAUGGCAAAGGGGAUGAGUUGGAUACUCUGGGGAAUUUAGAAACUAACGACCCCAACCUGGACGACCUAUUACGGUCGGGGGAGUUCGAUAUCAUCGCUUAUACAGACCCGGAACUUGACCUGGAAGACAAGAAGAACAUGUUCAACGAGGAACUGGACCUCAAUGUCCCAAUUGAUGAUAAGUUAGAUAAUAAGUGUGUAUCUGUUGAACCUGAAAAAAAGGAGCAAGACAACAAAAGUGUGGUUCCUUCUGAUAAACCUUCUGCUUGGAAAAAAUCCACUGUCAGCAGCGAGAUAAAAACAGAAGUGCUGUCUCCAAAUUCUAAAGGGGAAGCCAAAUGUGAAAGUGAGAAAAGUGAGGACAGUAAAGAUACUGCUGACCCUUCCUGCCCACCAGCCUCUGCUCCUCUGGACAGGAGCGAUGGGGACAAGGCUCCUGUGCAGCCCUGUGAUGCAGACCUGCUGGAGGAAAGGACUACGCAAGAAGCGACCGGCUCCAACGCGAGCGCGGCUCGUGGGGCCACUCAGCUGCCUGCCGAAGAUGCUGCCACCCCGUGCAGCAUGCCUGGGCCAACUCCCGUUCUCUCAAGUCUGCUUGCUAACGAGAAACCUGACCCUGCAGACAUGAGGCCGUUGGCAUCUCCAGCACCAACUCUGCCAGCCUCCCCGUCCGGCCACGUGUCAAGUUUGCCUCCCCCUCUGAUGACACCGCCUGGUCAUGUUUUGGAUAAUACCUUGAACUCUAACGUGGCAGUAGUCCCUCGACUAAACCAUGCUUUCCCUCAGGGUGUGCAGGUAAAUCCAGGCUUCAUUCAGGGUCAGCCGCCAGUAAACCACAGUUUUGGGACAGGCAAACCUGCCAGUCAGCCUGUGCCCCUGACGAGUCAGCCUGGGACCAGUGGCAUGUCUGGAGCCCAGCAGCUAAUGAUUCCUCAGACGUUAGCCCAGCAGAGCAGAGAGAGGCCCCUCCUUCUGGAGGAGCAGCCUCUACUGCUGCAGGAUCUUUUGGAUCAAGAGAGACAAGAACAGCAGCAGCAGAGACAGAUGCAAGCCAUGAUCCGCCAGCGAUCUGAGCCCUUCUUCCCUAAUAUCGAUUUUGAUGCAAUUACAGACCCUAUAAUGAAAGCCAAAAUGGUGGCCCUUAAGGGCAUAAAUAAAGUAAUGGCUCAAAACAACAUGGGCAUGCCGCCGAUGGUUAUGAACAGGUUCCCCUUCAUGGGCCAGUCAGUGGCCGGGGCACAGAGCGGGGACGGCCAGACCCUCCUGCCACAGGCAGCUGCUCAGGAUGGCAGUAUAACACAUCAGAUUUCUAGGCCUAAUCCUCCAAAUUUUGGUCCAGGCUUUGUCAAUGAUUCACAACGUAAACAGUAUGAAGAAUGGCUUCAGGAGACCCAACAACUUCUUCAGAUGCAGCAGAAAUAUCUUGAAGAACAAAUUGGCGCGCACAGGAAAUCCAAGAAGGCCCUUUCAGCUAAGCAGCGUACCGCCAAGAAGGCUGGGCGCGAGUUCCCAGAGGAGGACGCCGAGCAGCUCAAGCACGUCACCGAGCAGCAGAGCAUGGUUCAGAAGCAGCUGGAGCAGAUUCGUAAACAACAGAAAGAGCAUGCCGAGUUGAUUGAAGAUUACCGGAUUAAGCAGCAGCAGCAGCAGCAAUGUGCAAUGGCCCCCCCGCCUGCCGUUCUGCCUGGUGUCCAGCCCCAGCCGCCCCUGGUUCCGGGUGCCCCGCCGCCUGCCAUGAGCCAGCCCAGCUUCCCAAUGGUACCCCCACAGCUGCAGCACCCUGCAGUCAUGCCUGGCCACAGCAGCCCGGCCAGAAUGCCCAGCGUACCUGGGUGGCAACCUCCCAGUGUUCCUCCUCACCUCCCUCUCAACCCUCCUAGGAUUCAGCCUCCGGUUGCACAGUUACCAAUAAAAACUUGCACACCAGCCCCAGGGGCCGUGUCAAAUGCAAAUCCUCAGAGUGGACCGCCACCUCGGGUGGAAUUCGACGACAAUAACCCAUUUAGUGAAAGUUUUCAAGAACGAGAACGUAAGGAGCGUCUCCGGGAACAGCAGGAGAGACAGCGGAUCCAGCUCAUGCAGGAAGUCGACAGACAGAGAGCUCUGCAGCAGCGGCUGGAGCUGGAGCAGCAUGGCCUGAUGGGCUCGGAGCUGAGCAGCCGGCCGCCCGCGCCCCAGCUCUCGUUCUUCGGCUCGGACCUUCCCCGCGACUUCGUGCCGCCCCCACGGCCCCUCCCACCAUCUCCGCAGCACCAGAUGGGGCAGGCGGUGCAGCCCCAGGGUAUGCAGCAGGCGCCUCUCAGCUCACCCCCAGCCCCAGGUUUCCUGCAGACCAAUGAGCGGAGGCAGACAGGACCGCCCUCCUUUGUUCCCGAGUCGCCCUCUGUUCCAGGGGGAGGCCCAAGUUUCCACCCCGUGAAGCAGGUCCACGGAGGUCUUCCUGGGCCUGGUUUCCAGCUGUCCCCCGCGAGGCCGCCAUUCACACCUGCUCUCCCCGCGGCGCCCCCCGCAGCCAGCAGCGGUCUCCCUGGCGGCCAGGACCCAGCCGUCACCCAAGGGCAGAGCUACCCGGGCUCAGCACAGUCGCUCAUCCAGCUAUAUUCUGACAUAAUCCCGGAAGAGAAAGGGAAAAAGAAGAGGACCCGGAAGAAGAAGAAGGACGAAGACAUGGAGUCAGCCAAGGCGCCAUCCACCCCCCACUCGGACAUCACUGCCCCGCCGACCCCAAACAUCCCCGAAACUACCUCUACGCCCGCUGUGCCCAUGCCUAGUGAGCCCUCGCCGCUGGCGGGACCCGAGGCGGUGGAGCCCGCGGGCCCGUCCCCACCUGGCACGGCAGCAGGCCCGCUGUGUGCUGAGCCAGAGGCCCAGCUACCUGGCAGGGACUUCGCACAGGGAACCCCAGAUCAGCAGACCUAUGCAGAGUCGGAGACGGAGAAGCUCUCUGUGGAGAUCCCUGCCGCCACCCAAGAGGCGAAACUGGAGACCCCCGAGCCGGAGCAGGGCCCGGGCCGGGGGGGACCUGAAGCCGAGCAGCUCGCCGGGGACCAAGCUGAAGAGCAGGCCACAGCCGCCACCGCCUGCCCCGCGCACAGCCCUCCCCGACCCGCCGGGGCUCCAGCUACCAAAGGGGACUCGGGCAAUGAGCUUCUGAAGCACCUGCUGAAAAAUAAAAAGGCAUCUUCCCUUUUAAAUCAGAAACCUGAAGGUGGUUUUUGUUCAGAAGACGAUUCUACAAAGGACAGCAAACUGGUCGAGAGGCAGAACCCAGCCGAGGUGCAAACUUUGGGGGCUCAAGUGCAAGGUGGUCUUGGAUGUGGCAACAACCAGUUGCCAAAAGCAGAUGGAGGAAGUGAAACCAAGAAACAGCGAAGCAAAAGGACUCAGAGGACUGGGGAGAAAGCGGCGCCUCGGUCAAAGAAGAGGAAAAAGGAGGACGAAGAGAGACAAGCUCUGUACUCCACCAGCGACACCUUCACCCACCUCAAACAGCAGCUCUCUCUGCUCCCUCUAAUGGAACCGGUCAUUGGAGUGAACUUUGCCCACUUUCUUCCUUACGGCAGUGGCCAGUUUAAUAGUGGGAAUCGACUUCUAGGAGCUUUUGGCAGUGCCGCCCUUGAAGGGGUUUCGGAUUACUAUUCUCAGUUGAUGUACAAGCAGAAUAAUUUAAGUAAUCCUCCAACACCCCCUGCCUCUCUUCCUCCUACACCACCUCCUAUGGCUUGUCAGAAGAUGGCAAAUGGUUUUGCAACAACUGAAGAGCUUGCUGGAAAAGCUGGCGUGUUAGUGAGCCACGAAGUUACCAAAAGCCUAGGAUCUAAAGGGUUUCAGCUGCCGUUCAGACCACAAGAUGACUUGCUGGCCAGAGCGGUUGCUCAAGGCCCCGAAACGGUGGACGUCCCCGCCUCACUCCCAACUCCGCCCCAUAACAACCAGGAGGAAUUAAGGGUGCAGGAGCACGGGGGAGAGCGGGACAGCCCUGACAGCUUUGUCCCCUCAUCCUCCCCUGAGAGCGUGGUUGGGAUGGAAGUGAGCAGGUACCCGGACCUGUCACUAGUCAAAGAGGAGCCCCCGGAGCCCGUGCCGUCCCCCAUCAUCCCCAUCCUUCCCAGCAACGCCGGCAGAGGCUUGGAAUCCAGAAGGAAUGAUAUCAAAACUGAGCCAGGCACUUUAUUUUUCACGUCACCUUUUGGCUCAUCCCCAAAUGGUCCCAGGUCGGGUCUGAUAUCUGUGGCAAUCACCCUGCACCCUGCAGCUGCUGAGAACAUUAGCAGUGUUGUGGCUGCAUUUUCCGACCUCCUCCAUGUUCGGAUCCCUAACAGCUACGAGGUUAGUAAUGCUCCAGAUGUUCCAUCCGUGGGUUUGGUCAGUAGCCACAGAGUAAACCCAGGUUUGGAGUAUCGACAGCGUGUAUUUCUUCGUGGGCCUCCACCAGGAUCUGCGCGCCCUCCCAGGCUAGCCAGCUCUUUCCACCUGAAGCAGCCUAGCACGCCGCUCCCUCCGGCAAGCAAUGGUCUCUGUGGAUACAAGGAUGCCGGCCGCGGCGUCUCAGCGCGCGCGGCGCUCAGGCCCCAGUGGUGCUGUCACUGCAAGGUGGUCAUCCUGGGCAGCGGCGUGAGGAAGUCGGCCAGAGAUCUGGCCUUUGUGAACCAGGGCUCCCGAGACGGCCCCGGCAGAGUGGAGAGGGACAUCGUCUUCUGUAGUAACAACUGCUUUAUUCUCUAUUCAUCAACUGCACAAGCAAAAACCUCAGAAAGCAAGGAAUCCGCUCCUUCGUUGCCGCAGUCACCUGUAAGAGAGCUGCCUCCCAAAGCGCCGCAUCAGUACAACAACAACAUCUCCUCGCUAGACGUGCGCUGCCUACCACAGCUCCAGGAGAGAGCCUCACCCCCGGCGUCCCCUCCCAUCUCUUUCCCUCCUGCUUUUGAAGCGGCCAAAGUGGAGGCAAAGCCUGAUGAGCUUAAGGUCACAGUCAAGUUAAAGCCUCGGCUGAGAACUGUCCACGGUGGGUUUGAAGACUGCAGGCCGAUCCCUAAGAAGUGGAGAGGGAUGAAGUGGAGGAAGUGGAGCAUCCACAUCGUGGUCCCCAAGGGGGCCUUCCAGCCCCCCUGCGAGGAGGAGAUCGAUGAGUUUCUGAAGAAGCUGGGCACCUCCCUGAAGCCUGACCCUGUGCCCAAAGACUACCGCAAGUGCUGCUUCUGCCACGAAGAGGGCGACGGGCUGACGGACGGGCCGGCGAGGCUGCUCAACCUCGACCUGGACCUGUGGGUCCACCUGAACUGUGCACUGUGGUCCACGGAGGUCUAUGAGACCCAGGCUGGCGCCCUGAUCAACGUGGAGCUGGCCCUGCGGAGGGGCCUGCAGAUGAAAUGCGUCUUCUGCCACAAGACGGGGGCCACCGGUGGCUGUCACCGGUUCCGCUGCACCAACAUUUACCACUUCACUUGCGCCAUUAAAGCACAAUGCAUGUUUUUUAAAGAUAAAACUAUGCUUUGUCCCAUGCACAAACCAAAGGGCCUCCACGAGCAGGAGCUGAGCUACUUCGCCGUCUUCAGGAGGGUGUACGUGCAGCGCGACGAGGUGCGGCAGAUCGCCAGCAUUGUGCAGCGCGGCGAGCGCGAGCACACCUUCCGCGUGGGCAGCCUCGUCUUCCACGCCAUCGGCCAGCUGCUCCCGCAGCAGAUGCCGGCCUUCCACUCGCCCACGGCGCUCUUCCCCGUAGGCUACGAGGCCAGCCGGCUGUACUGGAGCACGCGAUACGCCAACCGCCGCUGCCGCUACCUCUGCUCCAUCGAGGAGCAGGACGGCCGCCCCGUGUUCCUCAUCAGGGUCGUGGAGCAGGGCCACGAGGACCUCGUCCUGAGCGACACCUCGCCCAAAGGUGUUUGGGAUAAAAUUUUGGAGCCCGUGGCCUGUGUAAGGAAAAAAUCUGAAAUGCUGCAGCUUUUCCCAGCCUAUCUAAAAGGGGAGGACCUGUUCGGCCUGACCGUCUCUGCAGUGGCACGGAUCGCCGAGUCACUCCCUGGGGUUGAGGCAUGUGAAAACUACACCUUCCGGUACGGCCGGAACCCCCUCAUGGAGCUGCCGCUGGCCGUCAACCCCACAGGUUGUGCCCGGUCCGAACCUAAAAUGAGUGCCCAUGCCAAGAGGUUUGUGUUAAGGCCUCACACCCUGAACAGCACCAGCACCUCCAAGUCCUUCCAGAGCACCGUCACCGGGGAGCUGAGCGCGCCCUACAGCAAGCAGUUCGUCCACUCCAAGUCGUCGCAGUACCGGAAGAUGAAGACUGAGUGGAAGUCCAACGUGUACCUGGCCCGGUCCCGGAUUCAGGGGCUGGGCCUGUACGCUGCCCGGGACAUCGAGAAGCACACCAUGGUCAUCGAGUACAUCGGGACCAUCAUCCGGAACGAGGUCGCCAACAGGAAGGAGAAGCUCUACGAGUCCCAGAACCGAGGCGUGUACAUGUUCCGCAUGGACAGUGACCACGUGAUCGACGCCACGCUCACGGGAGGACCUGCCAGGUACAUCAACCACUCGUGUGCCCCCAACUGCGUGGCGGAGGUGGUGACCUUCGAGCGCGGCCACAAGAUCAUCAUCAGCUCCAGUCGGAGAAUCCAGAAAGGAGAAGAGCUGUGCUAUGACUAUAAGUUUGACUUUGAGGACGACCAGCACAAGAUCCCCUGUCACUGUGGAGCCGUGAACUGCCGCAAGUGGAUGAACUGACGCGACCCCGCGCCUCGGAGGGCGGCUCGUCCCGAGAGAAGCGAGUCCACGCGCCGUUGGAAUUUCGCAGACAGAAAAGAGGUUUUUGUUUUCUGUUUUAUGACUUUUUUGAAAAGUAGCUCCUAGGAGUCCUGAUUUCCUCGGUCCUUGAGUUACCUUAGGAGCACCAGGAGGAAGCCGACCGAGGCCACUUGACCCGAGCUGCCGAGGUCGACGAUUUACAGAAUGGUCCAGCACUUUUUUUUUUUUCCUUUUCCUUCCUUUUUUCUUUCUGUGGGUGGGUUUUGUUUCCUCUUGUUUCUUGAGUCUCACUAAGGAGAAACUUUUACUGGGGCAAAGAGCCGACGGCUGCCCUGCCCCAGGGCGGGGCCUUCCUAUGAAUGUAAGACUGAGAUCACCAGCGAGAGGGAGAUGUCCGAAGUGCUGGCCACGGCCUUAUCUAGAAAGGGGCAGGCCCUCUGACUUAAGAGUUUUUAAACUAAAGUAGACACCACUGAACAAGGAAUGUACUGAAAUGACUUCCUUAGGAAUAGAGCUAAGGGACAAUAACUUGCACUAAAAUACAUUUAAAUACUUGAUUCCAUGAGUCAGUUUAUUGUAGUUUUUGAUUUCUGUAAAAUAAGAGAAACUUUUUGUAUUUAUUAUUGAAUAAGUGAAUGAAGCUAUUUUUAAAUAAAAGUUAGAAGAAAGCCAAGCUGCUGCUGUUACCUGCAAAACUAACAAACCCUGUUACUUUGUACAAACAUGUAAAUAUUUUGAGAAAAAAAAUACAGUAUAAAAAUAGUUAUUGACCAAAUGCUACCAGGCUCUGCAGCAGCUCGGGUGCUUAUAAAAUGUUCAUAGGGAUGUUACAAUAUAAUUUUGUUAUAAAAUAUGCCAUUAUAAUUAUGUAAUAACCAAAAUUUCCACCUAGAGUGUUUGGGGCUUUUUGGAAACGACAGUCUAUUAGUACUUACUUGUUUUAUACACCUUGCUUCUGAUAGAACGGAGUGUAUGCUAUGACUACAACUUUUAUAGCCGUUUUGGUAACUUAAACUAAUUUUUUCACAUUAUAUUGUUGCAUCCCUACUUCUUCAGUCAGGUUUUUUGUGCUUUUACAAUUUGUGAUAACUGUGAAUAACUGCUUAAAAACAACCCCAAAUGGAAGCUGAAUUUUUCUUCAGCAAAAGUAGUUUUGAUUAGAACUUUGUUUCAAGCCACACACAAAACAAAAAUCGUGUAAACAUACUAGGAUCAUGUAGCAGGAACUCAAAUUUAACUCUCUAGUUUAUUUAACACAAAAAUUUGAAGAAAAAAAAAAAAAGAGAGAUGUGACUGCUUGCAGCUGCGGGACCCCGGCAAUAGGGUUUCGGAAGAUGUAAUUUUAAGAUGUGUUUGUAUGAACUGUUUGUUUACAUUUCCUUAAUUAAAACACACACACACAGUUUUGUGUUUGCUUGUAGAAACUUAAUCAGCAUUUUGAACCAGGUUAGCUUUUUAUUUUGUACUUAAAAUUCUGGUACUGACACUUCACAGGCUGAGUAUAAAAUGAAGUUUCUGUGUGCACAAUUCAAGUGGACUGUAAGCUGUUGGUAUAUCCAGUGAUGCAGUUCUGAACUUGUAAUGUAUAUGGCAUGAUGUAUUUUUAUCUUACAGAAUAAAUCAAUUGUAUAUAUUUUUCUCUUGAUAAAUAGCUGUAUGAAAUUUGUUUCUUGAAUAUUUUUCUUCUCUUGUACAAUAUUCUGACAUCCUACCAGUAUUUGUCCUCCCGGGUUUUUGUUUUGUUUUCUGUUCUGUAUAAUAGUAUCUAAUGUUGGCAAAAAUUGAAUUUUUUGAAGUAUACAGAGUGUUAUGGGUUUUGGAAUUUGUGGACACAGAUUUAGAAGAUCACCAUUUACAAAUAAAAUAUUUU